GCUGCUGCUGCUGCUGCUGAGAGAAGCGGCAGGUGCACAAUACUCCCAGCAAAAAUCGGAUGCGACUUUUAAGCGCUGUGUUAAAAGACCAAUAAACACCGACCUCAGCUAUUAGUUGGAAAUGUAGUAACCUGCCCUGCCUUUUCAUCACCUGUGUUGUUUCCCUCUAAUGAAAGCAGAACUGGGAAACAAAAGAAGGAGUGAUUUAAAAGUGCGCAGCGGGUGCGGGGGAAAAAGCAGACUAGAUCUGGCUCAAGUAAAGAUGCCUAAUACAUGGGUCUCUUCGCAAUGGAAUUAGAGUUGAUGAAAACGUAAUCUCGCAGAAGUCAUCCCGUUGUUAAGGUAACUGAGAACUUGAAGACGCGCUUCUCUGGCCGCUGGGAUGUUGUGAGAGACGCGUCGCGCGGGACAGAAGGAGAGGGGACGCAGAAGAAAGAGGGGAACCAGGGCUGGACAAGCAGCGGAGGGAUUAUGGCUCUCACAACGUUUUCUAUCAGCCUCAUCACGCUGGUGCUUACAAACUUGCACCUUUCCAGAGCCAGCAACCGGCAUGCAGUGUAUUGGAACAGCUCGAACCUGCUGCUUCGAAGGGAGGGAUUUACAGUGCAAGUUAGUGUCAACGACUACCUUGACAUCUACUGCCCGCAUUACAACACCAGUCAGCGGGGGACCCUGGAGCGCGUCAUCGCCGAGCAAUACAUCCUCUACAUGGUCAACUACCAUGGCUACCGCACCUGCGACCCCCAAAUGGGCUUCAAACGCUGGGAGUGCAACCGACCCCAUGCACCUCACGCGCCCAUCAAGUUCUCAGAGAAAUUCCAGCGUUACAGCGCCUUCUCGCUGGGCUAUGAGUUCAAUGUGGGCCAGGAGUACUAUUACAUCUCCACGCCCACACACCACCAUGGCCACAGCUGCCUGAGACUGAGGGUCUAUGUCUGCUGCUCCACUGCCUCCCAGGCAGAUGAUGACUCCAGUCAGACUUCUCCCGACUACACAGUCAGACCAAACAUCAAAAUACACAACAUUGAUGAAUUUAACCCCGAAGUUCCCAAGCUGGAGAAAAGUGUCAGUGGCAGCAGCCCAUCUCGUGACCGCCUUCUUCUCACCGUGGCAAUGCUGCUUGUGUCUGCAGUUCUUCUGUCCUAGCGACUGUCUCACAGUGGCGCCUCAAGCAUAACUGGACCGCCUUGUCCAAAGGGCUUAGUAUCCACCAAGUUUUUCCAUGAGGUGAAAGUUGAUAGAAGCAAAGAAGAGAGUUCAACAGACGUGUAACAGAAACAAAGGACAAAGAAAAAAAUAAUGGACUUAAAAAAAGAGAGGCCUUUUUGCUGUCUUAUUUCCACCUGUGUGUUUUGAUGCGCCAUGUGCUGUUGGACAUCAUUAUCACACGAAUGCAACAUUUCAUGCAGGUGUGGUGACCAUGUGGAUUACAACUAAUUCUGAAUCCGACUUCUGUGCUGCUGUCUCAACUGAUGUGAGACUCGUAUUUAGUUGGACGCAGACUACAAACUCAUAUUGUAGCAUGGAUAGCAAAACACCUGCACGGUUUCCAGUUGAUAAAAGUGAGGCAUUUUGUCAGUGUUAGUUUUCAAGAAGAUGGCAAACAUGGACUCUGCAGUGGAUUUUUAUGCCUUGAACUAUGGAUCUAGUAAGGUAAAGCAGUAAACGCAAUUUUGAUGUAGAAGGAGCAAAAUGGACUCUGGAACUGUACUGAUCUUGCCUGGGCCCUGUAGGAAAUGUCUGAUGAAUUAUGAGAACUGUUGCUAUUGUCCUGGACGUUGUAGAAUGUUUUCACUCUGGUGUGUGGUAGCUGGUAGUAAUAAGGGCCUAAGAAAAGGGAAAGACUUUAUUAGGAUAUCAAUGGGCCUUUCAAUAAUCCAUUUUUUUCAGACAAAAAAAAAAUCCCCCAGGCUUUGAAUUAGGUACAGAAGUAAAGCCUGAUUUUCUUAGAAGUAAGUGCCCUCUUAGAACUAGUCUUUUGUCUGCAUUUCCUGCCUUUACACUGUAAUAACCAUAGAAAAAUACAGACCUUGGACUAGUAAUUUGAUGGCACUUAGACACGGUAAAAGUGGUAGUUUUGUGUUUUGUUCUGCUGCAUUUUACCUUCAGCACUUGGCAUGGGGUUUGGACGUCAAACCUGAAAUCGCGAAGCAAUCAGCGCAGUCAUUCAGAACGCCUCUAAUUUAUAACUGUUCAAAAACUCUGUCAGCAGCAAGCUCUCCUUUUAAUCUCAGACAGCUCCGUCUGCUUCUUUCCCACUUCAGAAGUUCCCAGCCAGUCAGUACUGAUGGCUAUUACAGCAGUCACAGUCACCAUGGAAACGACCCCCAUACAGUCGCCUGAGUGCGGCAGGUGCCUGAGAAGAAAUUAUGCUUUGAGUCUCAAAGUAACGCUGCCGCCAUUUUAUUAAAAAGAACAAAAUAAAAUAAAAAAAUAAAUGAAAACAAAAACACGUAUGAAUGUGAUAAUAAUGAGAGAUUCACUUUUUUAUACUGUAAUACAGGACAGUGUAGACAGACUUUCAGAUUACAAUGUUGUGCUAUCUUAAUUUAUGUACUUUUUAAAUGUAUUUAUUUUAACAUUAAAGUUUCUUAUUUAUCUACAUAAUUUAUCUGUGUGCAAUUGUAGGCCUUUUGCUCAAUAAGCUAUUGUGCCAUUUUUUUAUUUAUGACUUUUUUUCAAACAGUGGACUUUUUACUGCAGCAUUUUGCUUGUGUAGAUAAAUAGAUGUAAUUCAGUCUGACACAAAGAGAGGGUUAUAGGUUAUGACUAAUCAGUAGGAACAUACACUCAGUAACCCCGCUCUCAUGUAAGAGAUACUGCUUUUUCUGUUGCUCGAGAGCAUGUCAUAAACCAACUGUGAAUUUACAACGGUGAUGCUGAUGGAAGGGCAGCACUCCUCAAGUGCAGCACUUACAAAGCCAGGAGGUCUGCAUUGUAAUGUAUAUUUAUAAUAUGUGCUGGUUAUGGAAUGUGUUUGCCUGUGCGCAUGAGUGUGUGUGUGUGAGUUUGAGAGAGAGAGAGAGGAGACAAGAAAAAAUGAGUUGACAUUAGUACGGUAUGUAUGUGGAAUGUGUUUGUCCGCGCUUUUCAAGUAUGUGGCAUUUAGAAAUUUCGCACUCGUUAUGGAGUCAUUUGUAGGAUAUGAAUAUGCAAGUGUGUAUGAGAGAAUGUGUUCUUCUGUAAUGUUAGUUUAUGUUACAGGGGUCUGGGGAAGUGGGCGACAAGCAUUUACUGAUGUUGAAGACAACCACAAGACAUGGGUUUACCUUUGACAAAAAUGAAUAAACUGUAAAUUGAACCAAGAACGAUUAAAAUGAUGCCAAUUAAAAUCUUUUUGCAGA